AUGGCUUUGCAGAUUGCGAGACGUUUCCUCCGAAUCCACACAGCGGAUGAGGUAUUCACAGCCACCUUCAGGAACCCUACCAACAGGCUUUUCUCGCCGACCGAUCGGAGAAAUUCUUCUAGCUCCUCCGAUCUCAUUCGCGCCACUCUCUUCCCCGGCGACGGUAUUGGUCCCGAGAUCGCAACCUCUGUCAAACAGAUAUUUAAUGAUGCAGAAAUCCCAAUUGAAUGGGAAGAACAUUAUGUAGGGACAGAAGUAGAUCCCAGAACCCAAAGCUUUGUCACAUGGGAAAGUCUAGAAUCUGUAAGAAGAAACAAGGUUGGAUUAAAAGGUCCCAUGGCUACACCAAUUGUAAAAGGUCAUCGUUCCUUGAAUCUCACUUUAAGAAAAGAACUAAACCUGUAUGCAAAUGUCAGAACAUGUUACAGUCUACCUGGUCACAAAACUCGAUAUGAUGAUGUGAAUCUCAUCACAAUCCGUGAAAAAACAGAAGGAGAAUACAGUGGUCUUGAACAUCAAGUUGUCAGGGGAGUUGUUGAAAGUCUUAAAAUCAUAACACGUCAUGCAAGUUUAAGAGUGGCUGAAUAUGCUUUUCAUUAUACUAAAGCUCAUGGUAGAAAAAGAGUUUCUGCUAUACACAAAGCUAACAUCAUGCAGAAAACUGAUGGCUUAUUUCUAAAGAGAAAGGAGGUUCACCGAUGGGAGUGCCAGAAGAACCAAAGCAUCAAAUCUGAAGCAUAUGGAAAAUGCAUCAAAUUUGAAGCAUAUGGUGAUGCAGUGAGGUUCUAUACUGGUGCCAUGCCAAUAUUUAAGGCAUAUAGGGACUCCUCAUUGCAGGAUUGUAAGAAAGCAUCUGAAGAAGGGUUGGCAUUGGGGAUUGCACUUAUUGUUUAUGGAAGAGAGGUGGAAGUGGAUACUUUGAUUGAACAGAUGACCCGUGAUCAGGAAGCCAAGAAAGGAGUGGUUGUUUUUUAUGCUACUCAAUUUGAUGGAAUCCAAAAAAAGCUUUCAGAAUUCAACAAUGCUUUAGGCUCUGACCCGAUUGCAGAAGGGGAGACUUCAGAAGUUGAUGCGAAAUACCGAGAUCUAUUGGAGAUAGAGAUGUUGGGGAGUUCAGUAUUCCAGUUCCUCAUGUCAAACAAGCGAAGGCGGCUUGUAAUUUCAAGUGAUGGAGUCUGGGAUGCUCUUUCCGGUGGACAGCAGUCCAGUACAGUACACCAGGUCAUAACAAACUAA